AUGGCAUUCAGGCACCCUAAAUCACUCACACUGGUCGUUGCAGUCCGACAGUGGCCUCGACUUGUCGCUGGCGUGCGGACGUUCUCGGCUACAUCAAGCAACCGCGCAGCUGCCAUCUUCUCGAACGAGCCUUCUAGGCCAAAGCUCGUGACAUCCUCACUUCCCGGACCUAAAGUAAAGGACGGCCUUGCAGGGUUGGAGGAAGUUUUUGACACCAGGAGUGCCAACACUUUGGUUGACUACGAGAGGUCGACAGCCAUGGUCCGCGCCAUCGCCAGCCGGCCAGCACUCGGAAGUUUUCCAUCAGCAGACUACGCCGACCUCCUCAAGACCGGCAUCCUGAAAGCCGCACCGCCAGGUCUGAACCAAGUCUUCACGGCGACCACCGGAUCUGACGCAAACGAGACAGCGUACAAGGCCGCCUGCAUCUGGAAGGGGACCCGGGACCGCGGCGGCAGGGAUUUCAGCGCUGCUGAGCUGGAGUCCGUAAUGCGGAACCAAGCGCCUGGGGUUCCACGGCCGUCCUUUGGAAGUUUGUCCACGACGAGGAGCAAGCCUAUUCACAAACUCGAUGUGCCGGCUUUCGACUGGCCUGUGGCUCCUUUCCCCCAGCUCAAGUAUCCUCUCGACCAAUUCGCAUCUAAGAAUGCUGCAGAGGAAAAGAGGUGCCUUGAGGAAACAGAGCGUGUGCUGGACGCGGCCAACGACACCGUUGCAGCGGUGGUCAUUGAACCUGUCCAAGCCGAGGGCGGCGACAAUCACGCGUCCCCCGCCUUUUUCCGUGGCCUUCGGGAUCUUACCAAGCGCAAGGGCGUGCUGAUGAUCGUCGACGAGGUUCAAACAGGCGUAGGAGCAACAGGCAAAUUCUGGGCCCACGAGUACUGGAAUCUCCCGUCUCCGCCCGACAUGGUCACCUUCUCAAAGAAGGCACAGGCGGCGGGUUUCUACUUUGGCGACGCUGGUCUACGGCCUGACAAGCCGUACCGACAGUUCAAUACUUGGAUGGGCGAUCCCGUACGUGCGCUACUGUUCAAGGCGAUUUACGGAGAGAUUGAGAAGCACGGGUUGGUUGAGCAUACGGCGCAGGUCGGUGGGUACCUGUACCGGGAGCUGGAGGCGCUGGCGGGCAAGUACCCGCAGCACUUAUUGAACCUUCGUGGCAAGGAUCGCGGGACGUUUAUUGCGUGGGAUUGUCCGCGGAGGGAAGAGGUGUUAGCCCUGGCGAAGUCGAGGGGGGUGAACAUGGGUGGCAGUGGCGAUGCUGCUAUCCGAUUACGACCGAUGCUGGUAUUUGAGAAGCAUCAUGCCGAUAUUUUCCUCGACGUGUUGGAAGGGGUAUUCAAGCGGCUAUCGUAG